AUUCACCAUAUGGCUGUCUUGCUAACCUCAUUGCUCAUUUUUUCAUUCUUUUCUUUUGGAACUCCAUUAUCCCCAAAUUACUACAAAAUUUCAUGUCCUAAUGCAGAGUCAAUAAUCAAGAAUGUUGUAAGUGCUGCGACGAAAAAUGACAAAACUGCUCCUGCAGGAUUACUUCGAAUGCAUUUUCAUGAUUGUUUCGUAAGAGGUUGUGAUGGUUCUGUGUUGUUGAACUCCAAAGGCAAAAACAAAGCUGAAAAAGACGGACCGCCUAAUCUUUCGCUGCAUGCUUUUUAUGUCAUUGAUAAUGCAAAGAAAGCAGUUGAAUCUAUGUGUCCGGGUAUUGUCUCGUGUGCUGAUAUCUUAGCGUUAGCUGCAAGAGAUGCAGUUGUGCUGUCUGGAGGACCAUCUUGGGAUGUUCCUAAAGGACGAAAAGAUGGAAGAAUAUCGAAGGCUAGUGAAACCAUACAAUUACCUGCUCCUACCUUCAACAUUUCUCAGCUUCAACAAAAUUUUGUUCAAAUCGGUCUGUCCUUGGAAGAUCUAGUCGCUCUUUCAGGUGGGCAUACUCUUGGAUUCUCGCAUUGCUCAUCAUUCAGCAACAGAAUCCACAAUUUCAACUCUACAAUCGACAUUGAUCCAUCACUCCAGCCUUCUUUUGCUGCAAGAUUAAGACGUGUUUGCCCUAUCAGAAAUAAUGCCAAGAAUGCAGGAGUUACAAUGGAUCCCUCAUCUACUACUUUUGAUAAUACAUACUUUAAACUGAUUUUGCAGCAAAAGGUUCUGUUUUCUUCGGAUAAUGCGUUGCUCAGUUUGCCCAAGACCAAAAGUUUGGUAUCUAAGUUUGCCAACUCAAAGGAUGCUUUUUCGAAGGCUUUUGUGAAAUCCAUGAUCAAGAUGAGUAGCGUCACUGGUGGUCAGGAGAUCAGGAAGGAUUGUAGGGUCGUAAACUAAAUGAUUUGCCUGCCCUUUAUAAUGUAGUAUUAACCAUGGGAAACUUUAUGUAAGAGCAUUUAAAUGUAAGAUAUCAACUUAAUAUCGCACAAAGAUAUGAAAUUUCUAUAAAUAUCAAUGGCAA